AUGAUCGACGGCUACUGGCAUGACGGCGGCUUCGGCGGACGCAUCGUCCGCACUACCAUCCGCACCCUUCAGUUCGCCUUCGCCAUCAUAGUCCUCGGCCUAUACGGCGCAGAUCUAGGCAAUGCAACCAAGGACGGGGUUCGCGCAAACACAAAUUGGGUGUACGCUGUGGUCGUGGGGUGCCUGUCCGCGCUAACGUGCAUCGUGCACUGCUUUGUGACGGUCAAGCGGGUGCUAUGGGCGGCCUGGGACUGGGUUCUGUUGGUGCUGUGGGCUGCCGCCUUUGGGGUAUUUGCGAGCAUGUAUGUGGAGGAUAGAAACACGAGGGACGCGGCCGACACGACGUCGGUACAGAGGAUGAAGAUCGCCGUGUGGAUCACCAUGGUGAACUUGGUCUUGUGGUUUGCUUCUGUGGUUCAUGCGGUUGUAUGGUGUAUCGGUGCACGCAGGCUGACUCGGAGGACUAACAAGCCGGAGCCGUCCCGGGUGGAGCAAGGCCAGGCUCAGGUAGAGGAAGUGGAAAUGGCCACCCAUAUCGGAUCGCGGGUCGGAUCUGAAGCGCCGUCAUCUGAUACGUUGCUUGCGACAGGAGUCAGAGAGAAGUGA